UCGCGUCGUCGCAAUGCUGCCGUGCGCCGCGGGAGCCAGGCGGCGUGGGGCCAUGGUGGCCUUGCGGGCGGGAAAGAGGAGCCUUCUCCCUCCUCUCUGCCGCGCCUUCGCCGGCCGCGGUUGUCAGCUAGCCCCCGAGCGCGGCGCCGAGCGCAGGGAUGCGGCUCCCAGCGGGGUCUCAAGAUUCUGCCCUCCAAGAAAGUCUUGCCAUGAUUGGAUAGGACCCCCAGAUAAACAUUCAAACCUUCGGCCCGUUCACUUUCACAUACCUGAAGAUGAAUCACCAUUGGAGCAAAAGCUUAGAAAAUUAAGACAAGAAACACAAGAAUGGAAUCAACAGUUCUGGGCAAACCAGAAUUUGACUUUUAGUAAGGAAAAAGAAGAAUUUAUUCACUCAAGACUAAAAACUAAAGGCCUGGCCCUGAGAACCGAAUCUGGUUAGUGCAUUUGUUUGUUUGUUUUUGUUUUCUUUGUUUGGGUUUGAGCAAGUCCAUGAGAAGGUGAAGGAAGGGCGGUGAGAGAAGGGCGACGUUCAGGGCAGUUCGUAGCCUGCUUUGGGGCAGGGAUUGGCACACCCCUGUCCACCUGCGUGGCCUUUCAAAGCCGUCUCUGCAGCCCGAGGCUGGCUUCGAACCCUCCCUUUCCAGGUUCUCAGUUCACAAGCAUGGCUCUCCAAUCUUCAACUCCCUCUCCUUUGAGGAUGUUAGGUGGUUAUGAUGGAUGACCAGCCUCUGACAUUUGACUUCGGCCCUGAGGUCUCAGCCUUUGCAGCUUCUGCCUCUCCAAACCAGCUUCUCUUCUGAUUCCUGAUCUCAGCUCAGUGCUCAAAAGAGCCUUUCAUUAUUUUCUCUUGGUGUCAGUGCUAGAUCUGAAUAACAUCUCAUGCUGUUUGUUAGAUGUCUGCUGCCAAAUUCUGAUAGAAAAUCCAAAAUCAUUCACCCCAAAAGCCAAGUCUGUCAUUGGGCUAAAGUGCCAUUCCUACUAAUCCUUUUUCUUGCCUGAUUCAUUUAGAGGAAAGGGCUGGGAGCUCGAGGCACCCCCAUGUCAGGACCUCUGUUGCUGUUUGCUGGCUGCUGCCCGGGCCCUGGAGAGGUGGGCUCCUGCAGGGCAGAGCUGGAGCAGGCGCUGCAUCCUAACAGUAAGCAUGAGAAUGAAAGCUCACAGUCUGGGCUGAGCACUGCGCAAGUCCUGUGCAUAUAUUACCUGUUUUGUUUCCCACAGUGACCCAAUGAAGUCGGUACUGUUACCUUUACCGUUUUACAGGUGAGCAACCUGAGGCUUCACCAGAGUCACACAGUGAGAACGUAGCGUGGCCUGGAUUCUCACCUCGGGAGUCAGAUGUGCUUGCUGGCCUCACUGCGCCCAUGGCUGUCAGCACAUCCUGUGCUGACCUGGCCGUGUGUGUGUGUGUGUGUGUGUAUGUGUGUGCGUGCGCGCACGCGCGCGCAUGUGCCAUGUCCGUAGGUCUGUCAUUGUGUCAGGUGGGACUAAGUCAGCUCAUGCCUUGGAGGUGCCUUGGAGACAGCCACUCUUCUAACAGAUGGAAGAAGUUGUUUUGAUUCUUCCUAACAUCCUGGAAUCCUACUGAUGGCUUUACUGAGUAUUGAAAGGCUGGCCUUAAAUGAGAUUUUGAAGUAAAUUUGCUAAUAGGACUGGGUGUAUUAAGGAAGGGAAUCAGGAAGGGAGCUGCCUGCUCCAGCAGCUGUUGAAAUAGUUAGCAGGCCGCAGUGCCUGCAAUGGGAGCGGGGCAGCCAGCAUGUCUCCUUGGGCCAGAGCACACGUAUCGUACACAGUUGCACCAACGUGCGAGGAUAGAGGUCCCCAAGAGCCAAGAGAAGGGGAGCUUUGUUGAAUACAUGAUGUUGGAAAAGCUAAUUACUUUUGGCCCAAAAGAACAAAUUUAGAUUAUUUCUCCCUAAAAUACAAAUAUAUUCCAAGGGAUCAAAUGUUAAUUAUUAUUAA